ACCCUUUUCUAGAACAUGGAUAAAGAUAAACUUCCUGUAAUGCUUUUUGCAAUUAUUUCGCUGUUGAUGCCAGCUGCCCUUUCUGCUACAGAUCCCCUUUCAAUUUUUUGUUCAGCUGAUGCCAGAAAUAGCCAAUUUGAAAGCAAUCUUGAGCGGCUACUUGAGUCAUUAUCUUCCAACACUUCCAUCGCAGGAGGUUUCUACAACGAUACGGUUGGAGAUGGACUUGACAUAGUCUAUGGACAAGCACUUUGUAGAUGGGAUGUCAACUCCACAGUUUGCCAAAACUGUGUCGAUGAAGCAAGGCAGGAAAUCUUCAAGAGUUGCAAAACAACAGAUGCAAUGAUUUGGUACGAGCUAUGUCAAGUUCGAUAUUCUUACCAGAUGUUCUUUCAACUAAUGGUUUACACCGGAAAGUAUCCGGACAAGGACAAUCAGGAGAAGAACGUAUCAAAUCCACACCAUUUCAAUAAUGUAUUGAACUAUUUAAUGAUAAACCUCUCUGGAGCAGCUGCGUUUAGUCCUUCUAAGCAUAUGUUUGCAACUGGGAAAAUUAAAAUUUCAGGAAAGGAUACAAUUUAUGGCUUACAGCAGUGCACUAGAGACAUUUCUGCAAGUGACUGCCAUAGCUGUUUGAAUUCUGCUCUCACAGAUCUUUUGGGAUGUUGCUCUUCUCAACAAGGUGGAACUGUUCUCAGUAGGAAUUGCAAUGUGAGAUUUGAGCUGUUCCCCUUUUUUAACGACACGUCAAAUUCUUUGUUAAUUUAUCCACAGUCCAAAGCAGCGGAUAGAUGGAAGAAUUGGAAGGUGGUUAUAUUUGUAUCUGCAUCCAUCAUACUGUUAGCAGCCAUUGUAUUUUGUGCUGUCCAUCUCCGGCGCAAAAAGGGAUCAGAGGAUGUCAAAGAUGAAGAAAAAAGCGAGCAAGUACUAUUACAAGAUUUGGCAAGCCCCACUGGAGUCACAAUCACAGAAGAAGGGAUGUUCAUAAUUUCUGAAGAGCUGGCCUUCAUGGAUCUAGCUACUAUAAAGAUAGCUACGAAUGACUUUUCGGAUUUAAACAAGCUUGGACAAGGUGGGUUUGGUACUGUUUAUAAGGGUUUGCUACCAGAUGGGAAAGAAGUUGCUGUCAAAAGACUGUCGAAGAAGUCAUGGCAAGGCUUCGAGGAGUUCAAAAAUGAGGUGGUAACCAUUGCAAAACUUCAACAUAAAAACCUGGUGCGGCUCUUGGCAUGCGGCUUUGAGGGAGAGGAAAAGCUGCUUUUAUACGAGUUCAUGCCAAAUAAAAGCCUUGAUGUUUUUAUCUUUGAUUUGGAAAGACGAGCUGAACUCAAUUGGAAAAUUUAUUACAACAUUAUUGAAGGCAUUGCUAGAGGGCUUCUGUAUCUUCACGAGGACUCGCGGCUUAAAAUCAUUCACAGGGAUUUAAAGCCUAGCAAUGUACUGUUGGACUAUGAAAUGGUUGCCAAAAUAUCAGACUUUGGCAUGGCAAGGAUAUUUUGUGAGAGCCAGAACACAGCUAACACUAAAAGAGUUGUAGGAACACUCGGUUAUAUGGCUCCAGAGUACGCAAUGGAGGGUCUAUUCUCGGUCAAAUCCGAUGUCUUCAGCUUUGGUGUAAUCUUGCUAGAGAUUAUUAGUGGGAAAAGGAAUAGUGGGUUCUAUCUCACAGAACAUGCCAAGACACUCCUUGCAUAUGCAUGGAGGCUAUGGAAGGAUGGAAAACAGUUGGAAUUUAUUGAGCCUUCGUUGAUGGAAACAUGCCCAACAGCCGAGGUUUUGAAGUGCAUGCAUAUUGGUCUUUUGUGUGUCCAGGAAGACCCUGCGGAGAGACCUACAAUGUCAACUGUGGUUGUAUUGCUGGGUAGUGAAUCCAUAGAUCUUCCUGAACCAAAGCAACCGGCAAUAUUUGCAGUACGAAGAGUUGCCCCAAUCAGUGAGUCUACAACUGAUCCUGCUUCAAAUGGGCUCACUCUUUCCAUCAUUUCACCGAGGUGAACUAGCUCUGACUGGAAUUCCAUUUUGCUUCCUCGAGGCUGGUUCGAGUACUGCUUGAGGGGGCUCAAAAGUGGUUUGAUCCUAGCUCUCGAGUGGCUAUAUAUAUCGCUGAAAUAAAAAAAAACCUUAAUAGCCCCCAGUGAGUUAGGAUCCUCAGGAUCAUCAAGGAAUUCAAACGUACCUUGUGUAUUAAUUCUUCUUUGCUCUCUUCGUUUACUUGUGGCAUAUUCUUUUAAAAAGAGGGCUAUUUGUCCAACUUCCCAAGCAAUUUUAACAUAAAAGGUAGAAUGUGUCAUGUAA